AUGGCCACAUUAGCUUGUCAGCUACGACAAAAGUCAUGGAGACGAGACGAGUUUCUCAUCUCGACUGAUCCCUCGCUGAUCCCAGUCAAAGAAGUCAUCAAAGUCUUUACUUCCAAAGAAUUCUACUGGGCAAAGCCUCUCCCAGAAGAUGCGACCCGAGAAAUGCUCGACAAUGGCCUCAGCUUCGGUCUCUACGACACAGAUACAGACUCACCACCCCCAUCUCCUGGCAACCCUAUCAAGAAAAAGCCUUCUGGCCCCAAGUUCAUCGGCUUCGCGCGCUGCGUCACCGACUUCACAACGGUCCUCUACAUAACCGACGUCUGGGUCACCCCCGCCUAUCGCAGCGAAGGACUAGGCACAUGGCUCAUGGAAUGCGUAAAUGAAGUUGCCGAGUCAAUGCCUCAUUUGAGGAAGAGUAUGCUUGCGACGGGCGAUUGGGAAAAGAGCGUUCCGUUUUAUGAGAGGGUAAUGGGGAUGAAGGUUACGGAGGGGACGAGAGGGGAGACACGGGCGAUUAUGGAGAAGAGAGGAAGGGGAAAUCCGAGAUAUGAGGAAGAGAAGGGGGGGAAGAAAGAAGAAUAG